GUCGGUAGAGAACUAGAAGAAUCAUGCCGAGAAGAACUCAGAACAUGAACUCUCUAAGUAGAGGGCGGGUUCGUUCUUCGAUGAACAAGUAUAACUUAUUUAACUUGUACAAGAAGCCAGCCCUCACCUCCAGAGCCAAGACUUUGUUUCAGCAGAAGUGGACCUCCAAAGCCGAAACCAGAGCUUAUCAUGGUGAACAUCUCACAGAAAGUCGGUGGAAAACCAUUUUCGACCCAAACUUACAAUCGGUCGCCCAGUUGGAUGCAUCUUUGAAGGGUCUUGGAGUUAAACCCACUCCAAUGGCUUUACAAACGUAUGCGGUAUUGGAAAAGAGAUUGGAAUUUGCUGUGUUCAGAUCAAUGUUUGCAUCUUCCAUAAGACAAGCCAGGCAGUUUAUUCUUGGAGGCCAUGUCCAGGUGAAUGGUGUUACGAUAAAACAUCCCUCGUUCCCGUUGCAAAGCGGAGACGUAUUCAACGUUAAGCCAGAAAAGGUUUUAUUGGCUAUGGGAAGAGUCAAACCAAGCUUGGAUCAGGCCAUUAAGACUGACAACAAACAGAUUGUAGUAUGGAACAAGUAUGUGAAGGCAGCCAAAGAGAAUCCUAAGGAGGUAUGGGAAUUGAAGGUGUCCAAACCCGAAUCUUUGGAUCCUCUGAAUAAAAUUGACAUCAAAGCUUCGGUUAAGGCUCACAACAAAAAACUUGAACAGCAAAUGAAAUUCAAGCAAAAUCAAACCACCAGACCGUUUGUGUUGAGUCAAAUAUUGGCCAAGGGUAACAAACAAGAAGUUACUGACACUGCUGUUUUCAAAAGUUUGUACGGAGAAAAGAAUGCUACCAAGUGUCUCCAAGCAUACAAAUUGUUAUUUGAUUCCAAGCAUCCAUUAGUAGAAAACUUUGGUGCUGAACAAUGCGAGAGCUACGUGAACAAGAAGUCCAAUGAGUUUGAUGAUGCCAAAGAAUUCAAGUUGGUCUCGUCUGUCAAGCAAAUUUUAUCUGAGUUGGUGAAAACUCACCAAGAAUUCUUGAGAGUAGAAGCCAACGAAAACAAAUUGCCCGAAGACUCCACGCAUAUACCAUAUUCUCCAGCUUUCGGUUCGAACUUGAAGUUUCACGAUAAGUUGGAUGUGGAAAAGGUCAAGGAAAACGAAGCAUCUGCCAAAGUCAGUUUACCAUGGCAGUCUUCAUUGUUUGGAAGAAUAGACCCUUCCAAGCCGUACUUCACUCCUUGGACGCCAAGGCCUUUUAUCGGUUGUUUUGCCAUCUUACCUUCACAUAUCGAGAUAUCUUUUUCAACAUGCCAUGCCAUCUACUUGAGAGAUCCUGUUGCUAGACCCGGUCACUCUGAAGUCAUCUCUCCGUUCCCUUCAGAUAUCCACGAAAGAGCUUAUAUGUUCUACGCCCGAAAAGGUAUGUAAAACGUCUUGUAUAUAUAUAUAGAAAUGGAUAUUUCAUCAUUUGC